CAUCGGAUAACUUCAUUUGGGAACACGCUAAAAGUUAGUCUAGUUCCCGAGAUAACGGCAUAACAUUAGAUUAUUUGUGUUUUUACCAGGGAAUGGAAGAUAUGCCUACGUUUUCGCCAAGCGGAGGGCAACCACUUCUGGUUAGAGGCACAGUUCAAGAAAAUUUCGACGACAAAAUGCCUCUAACAAGUCGGUAUGCAUGGCCUAGAAGUUCGUCGUCGCUAAGUACAAGUAGCUUUCCAAGUAGGAAUAGCAAAAAUCCUUUCUUUGCGAGACAUAACCCGCAUCCACAAAGGGUAAGACAUAUGAAAGGACUUUUAGACAUUCCAGUUUGUACGGUAAUUGAUUCUGGCGUGGAAGAGAAUGUAGGAAGAUACAUGGUUUGCACUCCAACAAUCGACCAAAUGCGCCAAAGACCAUUGAAAUCCAACCAGGGAUUGAGAUUGCCAAUCAAUGCUGAUAAAGUUGUAUUCGCUAAAGAAAAAGCUGUUCCAACCAUCGGAUUGGGUAAGUAUGACGCCUUUUUGAUGUUAAAGAAAACUAUAAUGAUGUUCUAAUUGCACUUAGCAACGAUGAAUUGUUGUGAGUGAGGGACGAUAUGACACCCCUCUUCGAUGUCACUAGCGAACUUGAAUGUCUUAUGUUGCCUUUCUUAAUUAAAGAAAUAGCUUAUUUCCUGUCGCGUUGAAAAAGUAGUCCAUAGAGGUUACGAACUUUGUGUAAAGUUCUGUCCUUCCAAUAACAAAAUGUUUGCGGUAUUUUUCAACAAUGACAUAAACUUCAGCUUUCAUUUAAGUGGCAUUAAUAAAUUGAUUUAUAAAAGCUUCUGGACAGCCAAAAUUUGUGAAUGUUAAUUUACUGUCUGAAAGAAGGAUUUUAAGAAUAAAUAGAGGUAAUCUUUUUCAGGAUUUACGGCCUGGUUUUGUUUGCCUUUCACUUCUGAAUUCAUUGUGAGUUUUUAUAACUACUUAAUAAAUACAACAGUGGUUUCCCUAUUUGUAUGCGACGUUGUUCUGCCAGACAGAUCAAAACUCUUUUUUUAGUCUAAGUCAGUUAGAAAUUCAGUUUUCUAAACUGCUUUUCCUUUAUAAUAGAAUGAACGAAAGGACUUUAAUAUUUAGUUUUAUCCGUAUGCAAAUUUCUUUAGCUUGUCAAAUUGAGCUGAACAUAGCUUAAAGAGGAUUUCCAAUUAUAAUUGUGAAACCAGAGAUAAAUUAUUAAAAAUAAUUUUAAGUGCACAUUGCUUGCUAACGGCUUAAAAAUUAGGCUUAUUGACGUUUACAUAAUGUAUAGAUUUAGCCAGGGCUAAAAGCGAUCAAGCUCUCGAUGAUAUUUAAAGUUUGUUCAAACGAAAUAUAAAAUCGUGUAAUAUGCUAAUAAAUAAGCGGCAAAGGGAACGAGAACGGUGAUAAAACAAUUAACAAUAGGUCUAAUUAGCAAAAAAGCAUCUUUGCACGUGCAGCACACUUUUUUUUGUACAUUUCUUUGCCGUUGCUUUUUGUAUGACUACAACGUGAAAGUUCCAGAAACUUCUUAGUUACACAUUUUUUGGAGGAAAUGUCGUAUGUGUUCUUGUUCACUUUUUGUUUCACUUCUGCUCAUUUUCACCUUGCAUUGGUGGCCGCUAGAAUUCCUCAUGUUGUUACCUCCGCUACAAAAUUUUCAUGUUGUUCUUCCAACAAAAAAAUAGCUCCUUUGUUUUUUUUUAUCUCUCACUCUAGAUCUCUGUCGCCCUUUUUAUUGGUGACCUUCGCUGGCCUGCUGUCUACUUUCUCUGUCUUUCUCCUGCUCUAUAUUCCAAAUUUGUGGACAUGACAAUUAAUCUAAGCUUAAUACUUUAGACAACACGGAUACAGAAACAAUUUCCACUUUCCGUUUUGGUCUUUAUUAAUUACUCUUUAGUUGUGACGCGGGUGGCUAUGUGAUUUCCCGCCAAAAUAACCUCGACUUGCAUUUUGGUUGCCAUACAGGCUGUUGAUUGAGUUAUGUUACAAUGGUAUGCCUGUGGUGUGGACGGACGGUCAGAGACAGUUGGUGUACGGUCAUGUGAUUACCAAAUUUCCUGGGAUGGGUAGAUUUACUUGCCCAUUGUGCUCCGUUGGCGCAUGCUUUGGGCAUGCGUGAGCUUUGCUACUAGUAAAGAGGAAAUGUAAAAAAAGAAAAAAAACUGAAGCAUUUAAAGAUGAUGUUGCCCAAAAUGUUGGAAAGAAGUUGAUAAACUAAAAAAAAAAAGUACAGAAAACAUUCUUGCCACAGCAAUGAAGUUGUUGAUCAUGACUGUACAUUUAGCCACAAUCAUGUAGGAAAAAUGUUAAGUUGCCUUAAAUUUCUUGUCAUUAGUUCUUUCUUGCUAUAAAUUAUGCAACAAGGCUUCUAUGAUGACUUUUUCAUUAAAUUCACUUUAAAACAUCACAAGCCUCAGCGUUCGAGAAGUUAAAAAAUGCGUAGUGACUCUGGUUGCUAUGUCAAUUGACGUAAUCAUCCAGUUGAGUAUCCAUCAUUGUAACACUUUUGUGGUCAACUACCGCAGGGCUCAUAAAGUACUUUAAUUAAAACCGUGUUCAAACCUCUUUGUAGGAAAUCUGUUUAUUUUUGAGUCGAUAAAUGCUCUUUAUUCUGACUGUCAUGAGGUCAACUUUUGCAUAAAUUAUCAAAUCUUAUGUUAAGCAGGAGAUCUACCUACAGUUCGCGGGAAAUUUAACUUUCUAUAGAGGCGCAAGACAAAUUUAUGUUUCAAGAGUCGAGGAUGUGCUUACAAACUAUUCACUAUGUGACGAAAGGAGAAAUCACGCGCAUGACAGUUCAUGUAAUAGUAAUUUAUCAAUCCAGGUCGCGACCGUGUUUGCUCUAGAACCUUGCGAUAACCUCGUUUGGCGUACUUCCCAAUACUUCCAAAACAUGUUGUGAUCGGUAAUUUAUAGACUCAAGGACUUAGUAUUGCCAAGCCAUUCGAAUUUGUAAACCCAAUUCUGGCAAGAUUCUAGCAAACAAACAUACCAAGUAAAUCUGGAUGGAAGAGGAAAUUCUCUCCCUAAACACAGCCAGAUUAUAUUUUGAAGGAUGGUGGCACGAUUAUUCAACAUGUCUUCCAGGUCAGCCCUAAUUUAUAGUUCGUAAGAGCAUAUACUGCGAUCUCCCUAUUUUAGCUUAAGCUUUCUUUGAUUAAACUUCAGUAAAAACAAAACAAUGCAAACGUUCUCCUGCAUAACCAGUGACUCAAUCGAUUGAAGGAAAUAUCUAUUUACAAGUCGGGCAAAUUAUCCCUUCUUGCGCACUGCCAAGUCAGUUGCAGAAAUCCUGGCAUAUUAUUAAGCCUGAGCACUUCUAAGAAUAACACGUUUAGCAUUUCGACACGCAGAAAAAAAUAGGCGUUUGUUCUAUUAAUAUCCUUUCUGGUUUAUCCAGGUAGAAGUCCUGUCAUAUUAUUAUGCCUGAGCUCUUGGGAUAUAUAACACGUUUAGCAUUUCGACCCGUAGAAAAAAAAUAGGCAGUUGUUCUGUAUCCUUUCUGGUUCAUCUACGUAGAGGUCCUGGCAUGACAUUUAUUGUGCCUGAGGGCUUCUAGGGGGAUAUAUAACAUGUUUAGCAUUUCCACCUAUAGCUGAAAAAAAAUUAGGUAGUUGUUCUAUAUCCUUUCUGGUUCAUCCAGGUAGAAGUCCUGACAUGAUAUUUAUUAUGUCUGAGUGGCUUCUAGGAUGUAUAACACGUAAUAGCAUUUCGACCUGAGUGCUUUACAAGUUUAGCAUUUCGACCCGUAGAAAAAAAAUUAGGCAGUUGUUCUAUAUCCUUUCUGGUUCAUCCAGGUAGAAGUCCUAGGUCUGGACCUGGCACUGAAUUAAAUAUCAUUACGUGCUCUCAAUUUCAGUUCCAAUAACUCAAACGUGGCGAGAGGAGCUCAGAAAGUUAACGGAAGCUGCUGGCAUCAAAAGCAAGAACCCCUACACUAACACAAAAAGUUACCAGGUGCCACCAUCACGGCAGGGAUCCAGGCAAGGGGAGAGGCCACCACCAUCCAGAGGACAGGAGCUCCCUCCUCCAUCAAGAAAUGGUGAAAAGCCUCCUUCCAGGAAUGGAGAAAAACCACCAUCAAGGUAUGGUGAGAAGCCUCCAUCUAGGCAAGGAGAGUCCAGGCAGGGAGAUCGCCCUCUUCCACAGAGCCUUCCUUUGCAGCAUAUUGCUGCUGACUCUGACAGUGAUCUUACUGUAAGUGAAGACCUUAGUUUUACUUGCUGUAUAUCUUAGAUGAAAUUAUUAUAGCCUUCGUCUUACUACUGGAUAGUAAGAAGAUAGAUUAAACAAAUUUAGAGUCUAUAAGCAGAAAUAAAUAAUUAAAUAAUGAUAAUGAUUAUGUCAGGUGAGGUAUAGUUCCUAAUCUAAGGAAACAAUACAUGCAUGCGUCUUAAAUAUCUAAAUUUCACCAAUAAUGCACCUCUUUACACUACUAAGAGCAAGCCUCCAUAAUUAGUCCCAAAGGGGAACUUAAGACUUUCUGCAGUGGUACAUAAGCCCAAUUACGGCAGCAAUGUUAUUUUCUUUCGUUUUUGCUUUUGAGUCUGUCCCUGAUCGUUACUGUGGUCUCAAUCUCUGCUUAUUACAAUUCUGUUAUUCAAAAGAACUGAGACACUUGAUUAACAUUACUUUUAUUAUUAGAAACAUUUGUAUUACACUGGAUAAACAGUAUAUAGCCUGCGUAGCAGGCAUUAAAGGAAAAGGGGAAUUCGGGUGCUUGAGAGUGCAUUGGGCAGGCAUGGAUGAGUAGAACGGGAACGAUGCGGGUUAACAAUUACUUAAGUGAUGUUCCAUCAACUUUUGCUUGUUGUUCUACUAGAUGCUGAAUAUGUUAAUAAACAUUUUGCAACCAACUCAUCCUGAUGAUAUUAAAUCAUGGCUAGUGUAUGCUCCAGAAAAAGGUACAGAGUUUUUCUUCCUUUUGAAGUACUGAACUUACAUGUACUAAAGAUCUGGUGUGGUGGUUUUCUUGCAUCAUCAACAAAAAAAAAGAAACAGAAAACAGCAAUGAAACAAAGUUUUGUGAGGUUUCUUACGCUAUGCUGUAUUUAUUUGAUUAAGUUCCCUGCUUGUUAAAUUUUUAGUCCUUUAGAGUAGGCGCUUAUUCGAGGCUGGGUGUGUAUUAAAUUUUUCCCAUUUUCAACAAUUUUAAGUAAUUUUGUUUUGCAACAAAAUGUGUAGAUGUUUCAAAGCAGAAUUUUAUCUAUUCAUUGAAGGUUUUUGUCAAAUACUAAGAAAACUAUUCGGUCUUCACUCCAUUUUUUUGGUGGGGGUUGGUAGAGGGUGGGCAUUUAUUCGAGGCUGGGCGCUUAUUAACUUUUCUUGCCUUUAGGAAAGGCGGUUAUUCGAGCCUGGGUGAGUGCUUAUUCGAGGUUGGGCACUUAAUCAAAUAAAUAUGAUAUCUGCUAUAACAUAAAUCACAGAUGUCAUUGAGAUUUUAUAGCUGAACAUAUCAGUAAAUAGGAAAUUUCAUAUGACCUUUUUUGAGAGCAUUAAUUUUGUGAGUAAUUUUACAUGCCGUGAGUCACUUACUUGAUUUGACUUAAUUGAUUUGAUUGAGUUCUCAGACAAAAGAGCACUGAAAUGAGUACAUACAUCGUAAAUUCUCUAUUAAGCCCCCAUCUCAACCCCCUUAGGGGGAGGGUACUCCCUAUGAUGGCCUAUAUGGGGAGGUCCGCCUGAAAGGGGGUACCUUUUUCAGGCCAGUUCAUGUAUACGAAAGGGUAGAGAUUUCACUAGUUGAAGUAUAUCAAAUGGGAGGGAAGUGGCCCAAAGGGCUAAACGGUGCCGAUUUUUAUGGCUUUAUAAAGUCGAAAAAACGUUCUAUUUUUGUGACUGAUUCCUAUUUAAAAGACAGUGCAUUUACAGCAGUUGAGGGAUAGAAAGUUCUAGACAAGGUAUUCGAAAGGGGCACCUUUUUUGUGAAAAAUAGUACACAAAAGGAUAAGUGGUUGGACCGCGGGGUGGAGCCUCCCCUUAUAAACAUUUGUUGAUUACCCCCUGGGGUCUUAACCAAGCUCCACCCCCCUAUUUUGGAAAGAAAGUUAAGCCCUUUCCCCUUACUCAGCAAAUAAAACAAACUGUUGACUCCUGUGCAGUGAAGUAGACACCGAAAAAAAGUGCUUCUUUCUACAAACACCAUCGUCACUCUGGCAGCUUUACAUUUAUUCUAACUUUUACGUGUUGUGCAUGUUGCUUCAAGAUGGUGUUGCAAUAAUAACAUAUGGAUUUUACAGGAUGGGUAAAAAAGCUAACGAAAUUAUGUAUUUUGAUUUUAAUCAGAAAAAGAAAUUGUCCUGGACAUGAUCCGUGCAGUGUGCACCUCAGACCGUGAAUUCAGAGAUGGAUACAAUGAAGUCAUGAAAUCUCCCAUGUAUGAUGAUCAGCUACUGCAGCAGGAAUCCAGCCUCGAUUUGGAUGAAAUUCAGAAAUACAAUGACGCAAAGAAGAAGGAGAGAGAGGAAAUAGAAAGGAAAAAACGGGAGAAAGAAGAAGCAGAAAAACCAAGGUACUGUAUGUAAAAGACGUUUUUUUUACUGCCAGGAGCUGUCGAACUGAAAUUCAUGAAAAUUAUUCAUCUCUUUUAAUACAUGAAGUAUACAUGAAGUGAGUCGAUGUGUGCUAAUUGUGUGAUGACGAUGAAAUUGCGACCUCUAUAAUGAGACUCAAAAUGCUUAAAGCUGCGGUAAAAGGGUAGAAAAACGGGCAAUGUUUGCGUUUUUAAUAUCACCCACGUUCAAUCCUGUCUUGCCGUAAGUCAGGUUGCUGCAAGUUGCGAGAAUACUGAAUUCUGAUUGGAUAAAAUUACGCGGGAGUCACGCCAUACAGGGAACUUACGUCACUUGCUGCAAACAAGUUUGCCUUGGUCCGGCAAAACUGGCUACGUGUACAGAUUUUUUUUAACUGCUCUCUACUUUCUGCAACAACUUACCGCCUUCUGGAACAACUUGAUUUGCUACGAAUUAUUCGUGGGUGGUAAAACGCUCUCAUCAUCGCUAUUCAACUUGUUUUGGCAGCAAGUUGCAAAAUAGGUUGCACGUUUUUGUGCUUGGUUUACCCGUACCUUAGAUUUAAAGUAGUGACACUCGCUAUUCUUAUCAAUGUUUUUCUCAAGGUGCUUCAGUUAGUGCUUAGUCUUCAUCAGUUGGAAUAUUACAUUAUAUUGAAAAGGUAGUGUGUCGAACACGCGUGCUGAGUAUCUUAUGUGUAGAGUUUCAAAAAACGUAGCGCAAGACUCGUGCACGUGCCAAAGAUUCGUAGACCUCUGGGAUUUGGAGAUGGUCGUUCCCUGAUUGCGGAUCCUUUAGUGUCAACCAAGCUUCCAAGACUAGUUGUUGCAUGUAAGAAUGAGGCUCGGGUCUAACAUCUGUGACUGCUUCAAAAUCCGUUUUUAUGUUUUGGUCUUCGUGAACUUGGCUUUGGAGUCAGAUUCAUGUUCGAACAUAGAAACCACCCCCUUUGUGUUUGAGCUUUUUGUACUUGUCGUUUCAUUUGACCGUUGUAUACACUUAAAAGCUUUAUUAUUUUAACUGAUGAAGGAGUAAGCACCAAAUGAAAACGUCUUAAUAAAAGCACCGACAAAUAUAUUCAGCGCCGGUCAAACUGCUACCGAGCAAUGCCAUCUUCUGACUUAGAUUGCGCUUGUUAUGCUCAUCAGGGAGCUUAUUAAGCAACGGCGACGGCAACUGGAAGGAGAACGUCAAAAAAAGCGAUAGGCUUGGAUGAGCAAAACAACAACUUUGCAUGUGCAUCACGUGCAUUACAUUUCCUUGCCGUCACUGCACGACAAUGACGUGAAAUUCCCUCAAGUGGCGUUUUAUGGAGAGCCUAAACACAAGACGACAACUUUUUCUUUUUCCCUGAAAACGGGGUGCAGCCUCUAAGACUUCAAUUCGGGAACGUUCAACUGUAUUUGAGAUUUUACGCGACUCGGAAUAAUCGCGAGAAGGUUUGAAAAAACGAAGCCUUUUUAAUGAGUGACGUUUUCACUGCCUUAGCCGUUGUCGUUGCUAAAGCUCCCUAUUUUAUACAGUCAAAACUCUCCUCUUAUUAAAGCCCCAUGCAAACGGACGCAUCAAUAUUAGCCAACAACUACCAACAUUGCUGGAUGUUAUAUGUUGCUUCCAUUUGCACGCCCUGUUGCAUGUUGUUGCGCGUUGUUGGAAGUUGUUGUCCAGAGUUUGAAACCAGUCAAACUUUUAGCUAAGUGCAAACGGACACAACAACGCCCAACAUUGUUGGGCCAACAAUGGUGGGAGUUGUUGCAUCCGUUUGCACGUAGCCUCGACUCUGUUGGGCUUUCUCUGACAACUUCAGGUUUUUUUCUUUUUUCCUUCUUUCUUGUUCGUAAUUUCCCAUACUUGUCGAUCCUUGCUAAUUGUUUGAUCCUUUCUCUGGGUUUCCAUUUUCGGAAACAAGAAAGGAUAAUUCUCUUUUUUGUUGGAGACAUACAGUGAUUAUCGAUCACAGCCAUAAAUCUUGUCUCUGCUGACAUUUGUAUAGGUAAUAGCAUGAUUAGUAGUGAUAUUUGGCAUAAAUACCACGAGUGAUAUUUCGAAAUUGUUAGACGUAAUUUCAUGAGCCGUUAGGCGAGUGAAAUUUGAGACAAUUUUGAAAUAUCACGAGUGGUAUUUAUGCCAAAUAUCACGUACAAAUCAUGCUAUUAUUUGUUUAUACUACUACCCACAAAAGGUUUGUAAUUUUCACGUGUAGGUAUUUCAAAUUAAGCUGAAAUACCACUGCUCUAAGCCAAUCAAAUUGCAGUAAUUUCUCAUGUAGUAGUAUAACUUAAGUAACACCAGGGCUUCUGUUUAUACCUAAUACUGAAUUCCUUCGCAGCAAAAGGUUAACAGGGGAAACUCACUAAAAACCUGCCGUGCCUUAGAGUAAUGUCUUUACAUGUAUUCCGUCGUUGUCUGCGUAUUUACAAGCACUUUCUUUUGAGUGUUCUGGUGGAAGCUCACGAUAGUGAACAAGCUCUCUGAUUAGAUUCAGGGGUCAAUUGCUUGAAAUCUAACGUUAGAGGUAACCACUAACAUGUGGCGUUAAAAUACAAAAAAUGAUAAAAAACAAUUGAACAUUAACAAGAACAAAGCAUGUGUCAAAAAUAAUUACUAGACUGCGAGCAGUCUCUUGUUUUUCUUUUCAAAGUUGCUGCACGCGAAACCCACGCACGCAAACCGCGAUAAACGAGGGUGUAAGCCCAAGAAGAAAAAAUGAACAUAACGUCGUGGUUUGCAAUUGCGUCGGCUGAGAUAAGAACUAGACGGAUUUUAAGAGAAAAGGCGGGCUGCAAGCAGUCUAAUAAUUACAGUCGAACCUCCGCUAACGGCCACCUCUGUACAACGGCUACUUUAUUUUGUCCGGGCAGACAGUCCAUACAUUGACUCUUAUUUAAACCUCUCUACAACGGCCACUUACUUCUGUCCCCAAGGUGGCCAUUGUGGAGAGGUUCAACUGUACUUGGUUUCAUUUCACUUAUGCCUUCACCGCCUUUUUUCCCAGAACGCCUCGCUCGGCGGGCUCAGCUCAAGGUUACACCCAGUAUGAAUGGACAAGUCCCGGAUCUAAGCCCAGUUCUCCGUUUAUUGCCUUGGAGAAAAAGAAAGAAGCGCUGACUGAACGGAGCAAACCGAGGCCUGGAACGGCAGAAGCAGAAAUUGAAGGUACUUUCACUGUUUUUUUGAACGAUAAUACCGCUCUUCUUGAGUUAACGGAAAAUAUGUCAAUCCAGAGUCACUCUGAGCUCAAUUUUGGAUAGCUGUUGACAACAAAAAAAGUAUGAUUUUCAGCCAGUCUCCAGCCCGCGCAGCUGGCGGUUUUGUUUGUCGAAAUGAGCGACGAAGCCGCAAGGAUAAUGGGGCGGGAACAACGAUAAACAGGUUUUUUUCGUUAGCGCACUUUCGGCGCGUUUUUCGCGGCUCUUUCCCUCCCUCCAAACAAACCGCCAGCUACGCAGGCUAGUCAGCCUCAAGGUUGGUCGCAAAAAGAAAAAAAAGGAAAAACUAGUCAGUGAAAAACGAACUGGUAGAUAUGUAACCUUAGUGCCAAGUGACGAAGGAUUUAGGGUCCUAUUUCACUGGACAAAAAGCCUUGAACUGCUUUAAUCUCUAAAUGCUUUCUUUUUUAGAAAUACGAAGUAGGCUGCAGUCCCGUUCUUCCCCGCGUGUGUUCUCCCACCAAAGGCCGUCAGCAUCCCGACACUCCGCUCGUCCCCAGACCCAACAGAGCGUGUACGUUCCACCCGCUGAGUGCUUGGAACCCGUUGCCAUCAGGCCACCAAGUCACCAAUCCAUCAAAUCACAGCAGGCGGUUAUUAAAAGUAUUUUGUCAUAUAAACCACAACAGGAUUAGAAAAAAAUGGAGAAUUUUCGUUACCAGAAGCAUAGUCAGUUAAAAAACUUAAUGUUAACGUUUGUUUUACUUGCACUGUAAAGCGCGCGAGGUGGUAAACCUUGUUAACGCAUACAAACCUAUUUGUUUACCGCUGUCCACACGAGAACGACAUUUAUCCGUUUUAUUGACCGCAAAUUUUCGUUAUCAUCGUUCUCUAGCUUUCAUGCGUAGAGGGAAGCCUGGACGGUAUAAACGUAUAAGUGGACAUAGCCUCUGUCUUCUUCGAAAAAUGAGGACGCCUGCCUCAAUUACUUUUAAAAGACCAACAAAUCAUUUUUGACUCUGACGCCCCACGGGUGAGUCGGACAACCGCAUUUUAGCGGUGGAGGGCGCAUGGCAGGUGCUCGAAAGGUAGUUCGGGGUCACUCGCGCCAGGCGCGGAUACCCUGUUCCAGGCGUUCAGAUAGUAGAGCGCGGGAGAAAAAUUCACGAAGAAAAAAUAACGAGAGGAGACUAGAGGGGGAAAGGGGGAGAGAACUCGCUCUCGCCCCCCUCCCCCCCUGGUUUUCCCGGUGUACAACCUAACUCGCUCCCCAAUUACCCCCGCGCUCUAGUAUCUGAACGCCUGGAACAGGCCAGGCGCGGAAAGCAAAGUUUUGUUCACUUUCAAGUUCACGUUUUCAGUAGUUUUGCAGAUAAUACGAUACACCCAUCAAUUUACCAAUCAAAAUGGUCUGGUUUGUCGUCUAGGACCCGCUGCCCCCUGCAGUUUGCAGUCACGUGACCUUCCUUGAGUCAAAAAAAUUGUGUACAACAUAAACCUUACCAAAGAGGGAAAAAACAUACAAUUAUGAGCAAGGAAACCAAUUUUGUGGUGACUGAUAGUUAACAUAUACAAAAAAAUUUCUGGACCGCACGCCUUGCGGUUGAUGUGUCAGUUUUUCAAGCCACCAUUAAAUCUCCAAGGGUUUUUUUGUGUCUCCCUUUCGAGCGCCUACCACACAGCGGUUGACGCGCUAAAGCAAUAGAGAGAUUUAGAAUCCCGUUUACAGGAAACGGCAAACGCGAGACUCAAGUUGAAAAUAUCUCAAAUUAGAAAGUCAGACGGUAAAAGCUGUCAAAAACAUUUUUUUUAAAUUUUUUUGGUGGAUAAAAUAAACGGCAGAUGGCAAGUGAAAGGAAAACUUAGUCACUUUGUAGAAUUUGACGUUUGCCGUUUGCCGUUUGCCGUUUGCCGUAACCGUGUUUCUAAAUCUCUCUGUUGGCAACCCCAUACAACCUUUAAAACCUAGAACAGUUUGAGCGGUCAAGGGUGUAACGUUUGCUUCUUGUUUCUCCCGAGACGUUAUUGCACCUAAUGCCGGGUGCUGCGGAGGUUUUGUUUUAUUGAGCACAAAAGGGAUACUUGUGAAAUAUUUUCAAUACGGAAAAAAUAAGGUUAACUGGAAGUUUGAAAAUGUAAUAUAUGACUUAACAUUUGCUCCUUUCUCUGUGCUUUAGCUAUGAUACAGGUCAUAAAAAAUGUGAGAACGAAAUCAGGAUGGAUUUUCUAGAGGCAUACUUGUUCAUAUUUGGGAGUGAAACUUGUUAAAAUAGAAGGCUUGACGGUCUUGCAGAAACAUCGAGCCCACAUGAACAAUUAUUUUAUCCAGUGGCGGAUCAAGGGGACGGGCCCCUCCUUAUUUUUAGCUCAAUUUGAGGCCCGAACGGCCGAAACACAGUUUUUUUGAGACCGUCCCCCCGCUUAUCCAGGGUCUGGAUGACCAGG